AUGUAUCCAUACGGUCUUUGUGGAAGUAAAUUCGAUUCAAACGGGAACAUGUAUCGUUUAGAAGGAAAAGCUUACGGUCAAGUGUGGCGUCAUAAAAUUGCAGAAUAUAUUAUCGAUAACAGCGUUUGCCAUGAAAAUGAAUUCGCAGUUCUACCAAGUCCAGUAAUUGAUAUCAAUAUUCUCUCCAUGGAUAAAAAAAAUCCUUUUGUUCUCGUCGAAUUAUCAAAGAAAAAAAUCAAUGUCGCAUUAAAUGGUGAUCAAUUUGGUGAUGAAAAUAUAAUCGUUGACGAUUCACCAUUUAAAUCUACAUUAAUUUAUGUCAAUUCAGAAGGCGUAUCUGUAGAUCUACUUCAGUUAUAUGGUGCUCAAACUCAUAUAGGUCAUUAUGUUGCACUUGUAAUGGAUAAGUUAUUUACGUUCGAAGAAAUAACGACCAUUACUAAAGAUGAAUUGGUAAAGGAUGAACGAUACUUAAUUAUUAAAGGAAAAAAAAGUAGUACUGGUAAUGUAACAGUGCAACCUGCACCACAAGUAGCACUACACGACGAUUUUGAUGAAUUUAUUGGUUCAUUUGCAAAUUAA